AUAUGUUAACAAUUCGGCACUAUGUGCCUCAUCAUUGGGCGAUAUUCGAACGAAUUAUGUGAAGCUAACAACUGCUAACAAUUCGGCACUACGUGCCUCAUCCUUAAUCGAUAUUCGAAUGCAUCAUACAAAGCUAGAACACGAAUACUAUUUCGGCACUAUGUGCCUCAAACCUGGCCCUCAUCGAGGAAUUAACCAGAAAGCUAAGGGCACUACGUGCCCAGUUCGGGCAUAG